AUGGCGACUAAAAGUCCGAACCCAACAGGCGACACGCAAAGCCUUCGCGAGUCAGCAGUGAAGCCAACAAAGACGUUGCGAGAACGCUUUCUACACCGUCUACCACACUAUACAGGUCCUUACAGUGUGGGUUAUAUGGACAUCGAAGUACCUGCACGAAACCCGCGACCAAUAUCUACCUUGAAAAGAAAUGGAAAGCCGGUUCUACGCAUGGACACUGUCCUCCUAGGCAUCUACUACCCAGGGGACUUGCGAAAGGAGGCCAACAGCAAGGAUGGUCUCAAGGGCAUGCACCGCGUAGAUUGGAUGCCGCGACCUAGAUUAGCUACCGCCAAAGGAUACGCCAAGUUCCUGAACAUACCCGAGAUGCCCGUCACUGGCUACCUAGCUUGUACUACCCUCUUCACCAAGCUGCCAGCCUUUCGCAACGCCAAGCUGGCAUCUUACUGGCCCGACACACUUCUCCAGGAGCCCGGGCCUGAGGGCGAACGAGCAAGACAAAAUCAAGAUGGCCACAAACGACCCAAAUUCCCCGUCAUCAUAUUCAGCCAUGGCUUGGGCGGAUCUCGUCUUUGCUACAGCGCCAUCUGUGGAGAGCUUGCGAGCUUUGGGUUCAUUGUGGUAGCCAUGGAGCACAGAGACGGUAGUGGUGCGAGGACGCAUGUCAGUCUGCCGGAAGACAUUGACCCUGCGGAGAUUGAGUCCUCGACGGCCAAGAUCUACACAAAUGACGAUACGGGCAAGGACGCUGGCGGCAAAAAGGUGCGUGGUCGCGGCAAAAAGGGUGUGAACCCAUACUAUGUCGUCGACUACAUCCUGCCCAAAGAUAACGCGCAGGAUACGUCGCCGCAUAACCCGCAGGGCGUGGAUCACGUCUUGAGAUCUGCCCAAAUUGAGCUACGGCAAGAAGAGAUCAAGGAAGCGUACCAUGUCAUCAGCCUUAUCAACAACGGCCAGGGAGGGGAGGUCGCCAAGAUGAACCUUCGCAAAAGGGGCAAUAUUGGGUCCAGCUCCAUGGGCCUCACCGGCAUUGAGUGGGAAGAUUGGACGGGAAGCAUGUUCCUCAACACCGUCUCCGUGAUGGGGCAUUCUUUCGGCGGAGCCACGACAGUGCAGCUCUGUCGAGACGACUCGCUGACCUGGCUUGCCUCGGGACUAAUAUUGGAUGCUUGGGGUCAGGCCACGCCUCCCGGCGGCGACAAGCCAUCGAAUAGUGUUGGCAAACCCAUCAUCGCAAUUUCAUCCGAGGCAUUCAUGCACUGGAAAGACAACUACGACCGUGUCGUCUCGUUUUGCAACGAGGCGCGCGGAUCGGGUGCUCUGUGCUGGAUGCUGACGAUUGCUGGCUCAACACAUCUGUGCAUGACAGAUUUUGCGGUCCUGUACCCGGUCUGGAUGAGUCUCUUCAUGAAGUCUCUCGUGAGCCCCAGCCGCGCCUUCUACCUCACCAUUGUUGCGUCGCUCGAGUUCCUCGAGGCGACGCUGCCGCCCGAGCAGACCAAGUUUCGCACGUGGAGCAACGAGCGGCUCCUCUGCACGCGAGAUCCCGUCAGCGACCCAGACGAGGCACUCAAGUCGGACCAUGCGCCAGACGACAAGUGGGUGGCAGUGCGGCUCAAAAUUCCCAACGAGUUUUCGACGAGGAUGAAGAGCAUCUGGCGCAAAAUCCGGAGAGCCAUAUUGUACAUUGUGCGAGAUGACCUGUCCGAUACGGAAAAGGGCGUCAGCGAUUGUACUGCCAGCCAAGAAAUUUGGAUGCAUUUCAGUCCUGCAGAGUCUGAUGUUCAAGCGCACCGCGGGCGGCUCCUCAAAGCAUAG